UAGCUCGUGCAGUUGAAGGACCACGUAACACGCAGCACGGGGGUACCGACCUCCGUUAUGUGUGUGUCCCGCAGUCACGCUACAUAUCCCGGGGCAGUAGUUUUAAAAAAGGGGACAAAGUUGAGAGAAACUGCCGUGUGAGUGCGGGCCCACCAUGGAAGAAGUCAGAAAAGCCGCAAAGACCAACCCGGCAGCGACGGCCGGCCUUUUUUCCAAGAUAUUUUUCUGGUGGCUCAAUCCUUUGUUCCGCAUAGGAUACAAACGCCGGCUGGAAGAAGAUGAUCUGUACGAAGUACUUGCAGAGGAUGGGUCUGAGAGACUGGGCCAGGAGCUAUACAGACACUGGGAUCGUGAGGUCCAGAUGGCUACCAAGGAGCUGCGGAAACCUCAGCUCUCAAAAGCCAUCAUCAAGUGCUACUGGAAACCGUAUGCAGUGCUGGGAUUCUUUACCCUCCUCGAGGAAGUCAUUAAAGUGAUCCAGCCGGUCAUAUUGGGGUUGAUGAUUCGGUACUUUGAAGAUUACGACCCAGGGGACAGUGGAGCUCUUCACCGGAGUCUGGGCUACGCCGCAGCCUUGUCGAUAUGCAGCAUCGGCCUGGCGCUGCUCCAUCACCUCUACUUCUUCCAUGUCCAGAGAGCAGGCAUGAAGAUCAGAGUGGCCAUGUGUCACAUGAUCUACAAGAAGGCUCUGUGUCUCAGCAGUUCAGCCAUGGGAAAGACCACCACCGGCCAGAUUGUCAACCUCCUGUCCAAUGACGUCAACAAGUUUGAUGAAGUGACAAUCUUCCUGCACUUCCUGUGGGUGGGGCCCCUUCAGGCAGCUGCGGUGGUGGGACUGCUGUGGGUGGAAAUCGGUCCAUCAUGCUUGGCAGGCAUGGUGGUGCUAAUGUUUCUGAUGCCUGUGCAAACCAUGUUCGGAAGGCUGUUUUCUAAGUUCAGGAGUAAAACAGCUGCUCUGACUGACAACAGGAUCCGCACAAUGAACGAGGUGGUGUCUGGAAUUAGGAUCAUUAAGAUGUACGCCUGGGAGAAACCUUUCGCUGCUUUGGUCUCUGAGGUCAGAAGCAAAGAGAUAUCCAAGAUCAUGAAGAGCUCCUACCUACGAGGCCUAAACAUGGCUUCCUUCUUCUGCGCUAGCAAGAUCAUUGUCUUCAUCACCUUCACCAUCUAUGUCCUUCUGGGAAAUCCCAUCACAGCCAGUCGCGUGUUCGUGACCGUGUCACUGUACACUGCUGUGCGACUCACCGUCACACUCUUCUUCCCAAGUGCCAUUGAGAAGCUGUUUGAAUGCCGUGUUAGCAUCCGCAGGAUUCAGGAGUUCUUGUUGCUGAAUGAGAUGGAAAAAAAUAGCCCUGCACUGCCACAGGAUGAGAAGAAUCCAGAGAAGAAUCCAGAGAAGAAUCCAGAGAAGAAUCCAGAGAAGAAUAAGGACGCCUCAGUGGAGAUCCAGAACCUGACAUGCUACUGGGAUAAGAGUCUGGAUGCUCCGUCUCUGCAGAACAUCUCCCUCUCUCUGAACUCAAAUCAGCUGGUGGCUGUAAUUGGACCGGUGGGAGCUGGAAAGUCAUCACUGCUGAGCUCCAUCCUGGGAGAACUGCCUUAUGAAAAGGGGGUACUAAAGGUGAAAGGUCAGCUGACCUAUGCGGCCCAACAGCCCUGGGUGUUCCCUGGAACCAUCCGUAGUAACAUCCUGUUUGGAAAAGAUCUGAACCCCCAGAAGUAUGAACGAGUCAUCAAAGCCUGCGCUCUGAAGAGGGACAUGGAGCUGCUCCCUGACAGAGACCUGACACUGAUCGGGGACAGAGGUGCCACACUCAGUGGAGGACAGAAAGCUCGCGUCAACCUGGCAAGGGCAGUGUAUCAGGAUGCAGACAUCUACCUCCUGGACGAUCCUUUAAGUGCUGUGGAUGCUGAAGUUGGGAGACAUCUCUUUGACCUGUGCAUCUGUGGCCUUCUGAGGAAUAAGCCUCGUAUCCUGGUUACACACCAGCUGCAGUACCUGAAGGCAGUCGACCAGAUUCUGGUGCUCAAAGAGGGUCACAUGGUGGCAAAGGGGACGUAUACAGAGCUGCAGCAGUCUGGAGUGGACUUCACCUCAUUGCUGAAGAAGGAGGAAGAGGAGGAACAGCAGCAUCCUCCUCAGGACAUCGUCGCCAGGAAGCGAACUCUGUCACAGAACUCUGUGCUCUCACAGGCCUCAUCUGUGCACUCAGUCAAAGAUGGAGACCAGUUACCGGCAGAGCCGGUGCAGACAGUAGCAGAGGAGAGUCGGGCUCAAGGAACCAUCGGAGUGAGUCUAUAUGUGAAAUACCUGAGAGCUGGAGCCAACAUCCUGGUUCUGCUCUUUGUCAUGCUGAUCAACCUUCUGGCUCAGGUUGCCUACAUCGUGCAGGACUGGUGGCUGGCUUACUGGGCUGAAGAACAAGAGAAGCUGACCGGUAACAGCACCGUCAUCGAAAACAGUCAAAACGCUACCAAAGAGCUGAACUUAGACUUCUACCUGGGCAUCUAUGCAGGUUUGACUUUAGCCACCAUCAUUUUUGGCUUCCUCAGGAAUUUGCUGUUCUUUCAUGUGCUGGUGAAGUGUGCACAGUCUCUGCACAACCGCAUGUUCAACACCAUACUCAAAACACCUGUUCGCUUCUUUGACAUCAACCCUAUCGGAAGAGUCCUGAACAGGUUUUCAAAGGACAUUGGACAGCUGGAUUCCAACAUGCCGUGGACUUUUGUGGACUUCACUGCUGUGUUCCUGCAGAUUCUCGGUGUGAUCGCUGUGUCGGUGUCGGUGAUCCCUUGGAUCCUCAUCCCUGUGCUCCCCCUCCUUCUCUUCUUCCUCUACCUGCGUCGCUACUUCCUGCAGACCUCCAGAGAUAUCAAGCGUCUAGAGUCCACCACUCGGAGUCCAGUCUUCUCCCACCUGUCCUCGUCUCUUCAGGGCCUGUGGACGAUCCGAGCCUUCGGCGCAGAGCAGAGGUUCCAGAAAAUGUUUGACGCCCAUCAGGACUUGCACUCAGAGUCCUGGUUCCUGUUCCUGACCACUUCUCGUUGGUUUGCUCUCCGUCUUGAUGGCAUCUGCUCCAUCUUUGUGACCAUCACCACUUUUGGCUGCCUGCUGCUCAGAAACCAGCUGGACGCUGGCUCUGUUGGUUUGGCUCUAUCUUACUCUGUCACACUGAUGGGCAUGUUCCAGUGGGGUGUUAGACAGAGUGCAGAGGUGGAGAACAUGAUGACAUCAGUGGAGAGAGUGGUGGAGUACACUGAGCUGGAGAGUGAAGCACCCUGGGAAACUCAGAAACGCCCUCCUCCUGAUUGGCCAAGCAAAGGCCUGGUGACCUUCGACCGUGUGAGCUUCUCCUACAGUGACGACGGACCGCUGGUGUUGCAGAGCAUGAAAGCCAUGUUCCGACCCAAAGAGAAGGUUGGUAUCGUGGGUCGGACCGGUGCUGGGAAAAGCUCUCUGGUCUCAGCUCUGUUCCGCCUGGCAGAGCCUCAGGGGAAGAUCUACAUCGACGGUGUUCUGACCUCUGAGAUCGGCCUCCAUGACCUGCGCCAGAGGAUGUCCAUCAUCCCACAGGACCCAGUGCUGUUCACAGGCACCAUGAGGAAGAACUUGGACCCUUUUAACCAACACACUGACGAAGAACUGUGGAACGCUCUGCAUGAGGUCCAGCUGAAGUCUGCCGUGGAGGAGCUGCCCGGUAAGUUGGAGACGGUUCUGGCUGAGUCGGGCUCCAACUUCAGCGUGGGCCAGAGGCAGCUGGUGUGUCUGGCCAGAGCCGUCCUGAGGAAGAACCGCAUCCUCAUCAUCGACGAGGCCACAGCCAACGUGGACCCCAGGACGGAUCAGCUGAUCCAGAAAACGAUACGGGACAAGUUCAGAGAAUGUACUGUUCUGACCAUCGCUCAUCGCCUCAACACCAUCAUAGACAGCGACAGGAUACUGGUUCUAGAUGCAGGUAAAAUUCAGGCCUAUGAUGAGCCUUACACCCUGCUCAAAGAUAAAGAGGGCAUCUUUUAUAAAAUGGUGCAGCAGACCGGCAAACAGGAGGCUGCAGCUCUACUAGAGGCAGCUAAAGAGGCCUACGAGGGCAGAAGCCGUCCCAACAUUUCAAACGGACACGCAGAAACAGCGGAUGGUAACUUGGUUAUCUUCGAGACGGCUCUAUGAGCUGAGGGAGGUUGAGAGUCUUCAGGAAGUGUCUGGGCCAUACUGCGCCCCUCCAGCCUGUGGUGACAGCACAGCAGGCCUGGACAGAAGGGCCUCCACCAGCACAGCUAGGGAGGAGAUAAAGACAGAGGACAGGAUCUGCAGCGGCUCCGGCCUCACUGUGGCCAAUCCAACUGUACGCCCAUUAUGCUGUCGUUUCUCUCAAGCUGACACAGCUUGGAAUCACUACUGUAAAAACUAUUGACAUAGUUCAAUAUAUACUUCAUAUUUGUUAUAUGUUAACCAACUGCUGCUCAGUACACACAUGCCUUGGAGAAAUUGCUUUUAAAUGGCUGCAUAAUCGUUAAAAAAAGAACUAAGUGCCUUAUUUCAUGUUGUGUUAAUUUAACUUGAUGAUAAAAUGUGUAUCCAAAGUGGCCUUUGUUUGUAUAUACAUGUCGCAGUGUUGCACAGGACUAAUGCUUACCAAAUGACACAGCAGCGCUGCACAGGUUGUGCACCGUCAGUAAAAAUCCGUUUUGUAUGUUGAUCUCUAAACAUGCUCCAGCCUUCAGAAGAGAAGCUCCCUUUCUAGUGUUUUCUUCACACGGCUAACACUGAGAGUGAGGAUGAUCAUGCUGCAGUGUGAACACUGCUGGAGUGUGUUCAAUCUCUAUUGAAAUGAUUGAGCACUCAUUUGUUUUGUUUUUACUGUUUGAAUGUGUCAUGACUAUCUUCCAUGUUAACACUGUUUCCAGUUUGUACUCUACUGUUUGUCAGAUUGUGCAUAAACAUCUACAAAUCUG